ACGGUAGUUCAAGAAAGGGAUGAUGAGCAAGAAGAAGAGUGAUAGUGGUAUAAGUUGAAUAGGUAGCUUCUGCUGCAGAAAUUCCCAUCACAUUCUUUGUUAGAUGCCUGAGAUCACUGUUUAGAGCUCAAGUGAAAGACUCCAUUGUACAAGAGGUUGCGCUGAGGCGUGUGCAUACUCCUUUGAAAAGUUUUUGAGGUCUUAUGUAGUUUCAAGGAAUGGGGGAUCAUUUUGUACUGCUGGUAGAUAAAUUGCUUACUGAAUCCACCCCAGAAGCUGCUAUCCAGAGUAAAAAUGGUUUUUCCUUCGAUAGGCUGGAUCUCAACUUAGGAUCAUCACCUGGAAAAUUGGCUGAGUGUAGGAUUUGCCAUGAUGAAGAUGAAGACUCAAACAUGGAGAUACCCUGUUCUUGUCGUGGGAGCUUGAAGUACGCUCAUCACAAGUGCGUGCAAAGGUGGUGCAAUGAGAAAGGUGACACUAUCUGCGAGAUUUGUCAUCAGCAGUUCAAGCCAGGUUAUACAGCACCACCUCCUUUGUUUCACUAUGGUGGUGUCCCGAUGAACUUCAGGGGAGAUUGGACAAUUUCCAGAAGUGACAUGCAUGAUUCUGAACUAGCAGAGAUGGUCUCUAGAGAUGAAAAUUUUCUGGAUCCAUACUUUGAUGAGUAUCCAAUACCCACCUCAAGAAGCCUGAUAUGUUGCCGUGUAGUCGCAGUGAUUUUAAUAGUGCUUCUGGCUCUACGUCACACCCUACCAUUCAUCAUUUAUGGUGCCGGUGAAUACUCUAUUUCUUUGUUCACGCUACUGAUGUUGCGUAUGGUCGGAAUUCUUUUGCCCAUUUAUAUCAUGGUAAAGGCACUGACGGCCAUACAACGUAGGCGAAACCACCAGGAGUCCCCCAUUUUCCCCCUACCAUCUUCUGAAAAAGAGAAUGAACUAGCACAACAUCAACAGCAUUCACAUCUCAUUCACGUCCCAUAAUUGCUUGAUCUGCUAUGCUGCCAGGCUAGUAUGACACGAUUGACAUCAGUACACAAAGAAGGUUCCAUGACAGCAAGAUUGGAAUCGAGCAUGCGAUACUGCAUCUGAUCCAUGUAUGUCGCACCACCUUGCUUGGUGCAAAGGCAAUGCUUUGUUCUAGGAGCCAGAUCAAGGGGUAUGAGACUCUUCGCCGGUCAGGAGUUGGGUCGGCUUGGGGACUUAGACGUUCAAAUGUAAACAUCACAUCACGUACAUAUUAUAGGAGUAGAAGGGAAAUGAAGAAACAAAGAGAUCCAACUCCGCAAUGAAACAUUAAUUGGUAUAGCAAUGCUAAGAGUUUUAAGGAGAAAUACUCCGUCAAGAAAGUGAAGUACCCUGUAUUGCGUUCCUUUCCACUUAUACGUGUGU